AUGGUGCCAAGCCAACGUGCACCCACACGAGCAUCUCACAGACCCGAUGCCGUUGUUGAUGCCAAUGCUGCUCCAACAGCGAGCGAGAUACGUCACGCACGUAGAAGGAUCCAGAACCGGCUGAACCAGAGAGCACACCGAUCAAGAGCACGGGAUAGGAAGGUUGGCAGCACGGCACAGCCCUAUCACGUCCAUCGAUGGCGGAUAGAUGACGGAAGAGAUGACAUGCCACGCAUCAUCAGGCCAGCCAGGAAGAACAACUCCGAUCGUGGCUCUGGCUCUGGUGUGCCUGUGAACAAGACCAAGCCCGCUCCGUCCAGUGAUCCGGCCCUCUCAGGCCUUCCAGGACAGCACCAGGAGUCUGAUCCGCAUUGUACCUACUGCCUCCUCUCCGACCAUCUCCUGCACCUGAUCCACUUCAACGUCCUCAGGGGCCUCUCGUACAACAAGCGAGUCAUCAAGCCCACCGCGCUGCUCGAGUGCAGCGGCACCGCCUCGGCCCAGCUGAAGCGUGUCCUCCCCCAUCUCCCCGAGCCGAGCUCCCUGUCGCCGCCGCUGUGCCUCCCCGAGAGCCUGGCGCCGACGACGCUGCAGCUGUCGUGCCCCCACUCCACCUGGAUCGACGUGUUUCCCUUUCCGAAGAUGAGGGACAACCUGAUUCGGUGGGAGAACUACUUCAGCCAUGCCGAGUUCCUGACGGACCUGCUGGGGAACCUGAUUAGCUGCAUGACCAAUCCGCCGCCGAGGACAGGUCGCGGCAGCCGCCUGUUGCGCGUCAGGGCCCGGGUCGCCGCUCAUCAGGGGGUAUUAGGGGAGGGUGGUGAUGAUGAUGAUGAUGAUCGUGCUGAUUACGGUGACGAUGACGGGAAUGACGGCGGUGCAGGCGACGAUGCUCCGGCAGACCGCAGAGGAUUCAUCCUGUGGGGAGAGCCCUUUCACAAGGACAGCUGGGAGGUGACGCCGGGGUUUCUGAGGAAGUGGUCGUGGGCGAUUGAGGGCUGUAGCGAGCUGAUUGAAUCGAGCAAUCGGUGGAGGACGGCGAGGGGAGAGACGCCGCUGCGGAUGAUGCUUUCGUAG